AUGACCAACAAAGUCUUUAUCGGUUUUGGUAAUUGGUUGGCUCAUUUUCUGGAGGUGGGGACAUUGAAAUCCUUUUCUGUCCUCCUCAAUUAUAUAGUCAGAGAUCUGGAAUCCACAACGGGACGAGUUGGAAUGUUCAUUGGCAUGCACCAUGCUGUCAAUAUGAUGUCAGGUGUUAUUGCAAAGGAACUUCUUCGUCGCUAUUCCCCUCGUUCCUUGGCUGUUAUUGGUGGAAUUACAGCAUCGUUAGGACUUAUGGCAUGUUCCCAAGUCAAUAACGAUAUUUACUUUGCAAUCUGUCUUAUUUUCUCAGGACUAGGGAUGUCCUUUACGUACAUCCCGAACGCGGUUUCAUUGGUGUAUGCAUAUAAGGAUCAAUACAUGUUGCCUUUAUCAGUCGGCUCAAUGGGUGCCGGAAUGGGCAUGAUGAUCCUACCACUAUUAACGCAGAAACUCUUGGAGGCCUACAGCUGGCGAGGUACUGUUCUCGUCAUCGGAGCAUUAUAUCUUCACAUUGUUGUAUGUGGAACAUGUCUGGACCCAACUACUUUGAACAGCGGUAAAACAUCACCGCCGACUAGUCAUGACUCUUCGACCAAGCCAAGCUCUGUAAAGUCUCCGGAAGAUGACGAUGAUAGCAACUCAAUGUUAUUUCGGUGUUCCCACAAGGCUUCGGAUUUGAUUAGGACUGCUUGUCGUGAAGCAGGUCUGCAUGUCUUCAGCGAGUACCCUCUAAUCAUUUAUGCAUUUCUAGCAGCAUGUCUUAAUGGGAUUUCUUAUUCUGGUUGGACUGUGUUCGUAAUUUCCAAUGCAGAAUCAAAAGGCGCUGCUGAAGCAGUUGCUGUGUUGCUCUCUCUUGUAAGUGGAAUAGCAAAUACUGCAGGUCGACUAAUGCCAGGACUCUUUAACUUUCUGAAUAAAGAUGUGUUUUCAUCAACGAUAUUGUUCAUCCUGUUUGGCAUUAUCGGUGCAUUACCACUUUGUAUGAAUCGGAUAUCAACUAAUUUUUCAACGUUAUGCGUCUUUGCUGCGAUCAGUGGUUUUGCUUUAGGGGCAAAGUCAGUCCUCAAGAAUACCAAUGCAUUAGACGUUGUUCCACGAUAUCUAUCAUCUACGGCUCUCCCUUUCACUUUCAUAAGUGCAGGACUUGGUGAAAUAGCAGGAGGGUGGAUAACAGGACUCAUAUUUGACGUAACGGGUUCCAUGGACAUGGCUUUUCUUUUCCUAGGAUGUGUAGAUAUUUUCUGCGUCAUUGUACUUACCUUAAGCAUACUUCAUGGAAAGAUAAUUUCAUCGAAAUGAGUAACUUCGCCAUUGGUAUACCUACCGUAUAAAUAAUAUUGUGGGGUUUAAAAUAAAAUCUAGUUUAUGGGAAAUAAGGGAAAUAAUUUUUUUACUGAAGAAGGGGGAUAACACGAGCUCAAUCAAACAGCAAAUGGGGAGAAGAACUAAAUAAGGAACACAACUAAAUGAAACUGAACUCAAUGAAUUCUGGUAGUGCACUGGUUUAUAAUUAUCGAACACACUAAGAAAUUCUGGUUCAAUUUUACACCCCUAGGGGUUCACAGGCUUGUCCCUAUACGAGUACCCCUAGGGGUGCACCCAUACACCCCAAAUAGUGGUGUACAGUGUGCACCCCUAUUUUCGGUGUCUGU